CUCGUUUUUAUCGAAUGAAAGGCUACGAGGUUCUGAUGCCGAUUGGUUGAGACGCCUUUGGCUUACCAGCCGAGCAAGGCAAUUGUUAAGAAUGGGUUUUUCUUAUGAUUGGGUAGAAGAAAUAUAUUCUACCUUAAAAAAAACUUCUCCUCUUGCCAAAGAGAUUUCAGAACAAGAAAUGAAGCAAAACAAAGAAGUAGAUUUCGCUUUUGCUCAAAAAUAUCAAUUAUCAAUAAAAGGUGUUGGCUUUUCACACAAUAGGAUUUUCUACGACAAAUAUAGCCAAUAUGGUGAUAAUCUCGAUAUUUCUGGUUUUUUUUCAAAUUCAAACGGAAGAAAAGAAGAACUUAUGGAAAUCAUUAACCAAAAAUUAGAAAAAAAACAA